CCAACGCAUCGACCUCUUUAACCGAGCCUGCAGAACGCCUGUUGCGGCCAGUCAGCGUGGCAGCGGGAGUCCAGGGCUCAAGCGAAUUUUUGGCGAGCCGAACUAGCAAUCUGUAAUCUGUAAGUUCCCAGCCUGCCGUCCAACAGCACAUCAGCACAUCUCGCGACGCACUGCCACGCUCUAUGACCUGCCCGACGCGGCUAGCGGGUGGUACUGGUGACAUUGGCGAGCCCGCUCUUCUGUGCCUCCCUUCAGCCAUGGCGCGCAUUCUUGUCGUGUGGUUCUUCGCCGCUUCGGUGUCUUCGCUUGAGUGCCUCCAGCGCGCCAGGGCCCAGGGUUGCUGUGAUCGCCAGCGCGCCCGGCAGCACUUUCAGAUGAUAGGACGGGCAAGGCGACACGACCUCUUGCUAAUCUUCCCGCGACGCAGGUCAACUUGCAGCGAGGACCAAGACGGUAACCGAGGCACCCCUGGCCACUUUUUAGUCCUCUAGCUUCCCCAUCGGGUUGGCCCACGCCUCGCCAACAGAUCCUAGUCCAGCCGUCCCUCUUCCCUCUUGCUGGCGUCCGACCCUUAAGCUU